AAACAUAUCCCUUUGUGUGAAUCAUAUCGCGUGUAAUGAUUUAUUGUCAACGAUGAACGUGCGAAAUGUUUAUGCUUCGAUGAUGUUCAUGCACGAAAUUCAUCGUGCUGCAUAAUGAUAUAAAGCACCGUAUAAAAACGCGGAUAGACUGAAAAUGUGUCACUCACAAUUAUUGGAACGCAAUUAAUCUUGUCACGAUAGUUAAACAUAAAUAGCAACGGGAAUUGUCGAUCGUAUCUUUAUCAAUAAAUAUGCCAGAACUAACUGAACUCGACAAAGCUGCAAGCUCUGAACCUACUAAGGUCGAAGCAGGUGGAGCAGGAUCUGGAACUGAUACAGAUUCAGAUGACACUAUCCCAGAAUUGGACGAUGCAGGAGCUGGGGGUACUGUUGGUUUCCCAGGGACAACUGUCACUGGUCUUCCCAUUGAUAUGGUUUCUAAAGCAAAACAAAGUCGAGGAGAAAAAAAAGCCAGGAAGCUUAUGAGCAAAUUGGGAUUAAAGCCUGUGCAAGGAGUUAACAGAGUGACUAUUCGUAAAUCAAAAAAUAUUCUCUUUGUAAUCAAUAAGCCAGAUGUGUUAAAGAAUCCAGCUUCAGAUACUUACAUAGUGUUUGGCGAAGCCAAGAUUGAGGAUCUCAGUCAACAAGCUCAAGUAGCAGCAGCUGAGAAGUUUAAGGAACCACCAGUUAUUCCAGCAACUGAAGCUGGCGGUAGUACUACGGUUGUUGCACCAAUACAAGAAGAAUCAGAAGAAGAAGUAGACGAAACGGGCGUCGAAGAAAAAGACAUUGACCUAGUAAUGUGUCAAGCCAAUGUGUCUCGAGGGAAGGCUAUUAAAGCUCUUAAAAAUAAUCAGAAUGAUAUUGUCAAUGCUAUUAUGGAAUUGACAAUGUGAUGAAGCUACUUUGCAGUAGGGUAUGCUACGUCGUAGCUAUCAUUGUGACAUCAUCUUAUUUUAUCAUCUACGUCAUCAGGAAAGAACAUCAUCCUUUUUUUUCUCUCAUUACACGUUGAAAGGAUUAAGCUCGAACACUAAGAGGCACGGAGACCGUGAUUGUCUCAAAAGAAUUCACAUGUAUAUACAUAAUUCAUAUGAAAAAAAAAUAAAUACACUAAGGACACUA